AUGGAAAACUAUACAUUCAACAGCCUCACUCUUCGGAUGGAGGGGUUAAGGGUCACGGAAACUAACAAGUACCCUAUCUUCUUAUUCCUGCUCUUGGCUUACAUGUUCAUCCUCAUUGCCAACGUGGGCAUUUUGAUACUGAUAUGGAAAGAGAGGAGCCUCCAGCAGCCGAUGUACCUCCUCUUCUGUAACCUGUCGGUGAACGACGUUAUGGGAAACUCUCUCCUUGUUCCCCGGGUGCUCUCAGACAUCAUGGUGCCGCCGUCUGAACGCUUCAUUCACUACUAUGAAUGUCUGGUACAAGCGUUCACCACACACAUGUUUGGCACCAACGCUCACACUGUGCUCAUGGUCGGUAUGACCAUACGGCUGAACCGGUGUCGGACUUUAAUCACUAACCCUUACUGCGAUAAUGCCUCCAUCUUCAAACUAUCCUGUGAGAAUGUGUAUGCCAAUAACGUGUACGGCCUCACCUUUACUGUAGUCCUGCUCACGGCCUCUAUCGGCUGUGUAGUCCUCACCUAUUUCAAAAUCACAGCAGCUUGUUUGACCAGUAAGAGCAAGUCUUUGAACACCAAAGCCUUGAAGACCUGCAGCACUCAUCUGUGCCUGUAUCUCAUGAUGCUUGUCAGUGGGUUUCUCCCCAUCAUCCUCCAUCGCUUCCCCCAGUACCCAGAGUACAGGAAGAUAGCGGCCAUUCUGUUUCACGCUGUCCCUGGCAGCCUGAACCCCCUCAUCUACGGGCUGCAGUCCAAAGAAAUACACAAGUGUUUGUCAAAUAUAUUCCAUCUAAAAAAAUUGAAACCGUGA